AUGUUUAUAAGUGUGCAUUUUGAAAACAGUCCACAAAUAAGCACAAAAUACUUGAAACCAGUUCAAUUUACCUGUUAAUUAAAUAGAAGGAUGUUUCGAGUGCUCUUUAUUGCAGCGCUGUUGUACUUUGUUGAGCCUCAUGGUUACUUACAGGAUCCACCAUCACGUUCAAGCCUUUGGAGGUUCGGCUUUCAAAGCCCCGUCAACUACAAUGAUAACCAGUUGUUUUGUGGAGGAUUCUGGCAUCAGUGGGACUUAAACGGCGGGAAGUGUGGAAUAUGUGGAGAUCCAUGGGAUGAGUCUGAACCUCGAGCCAAUGAAGAUGGAGGAAAGUAUGGCAACGGAAUCAUCGCUAGAACAUACGGAGUGGGCGAAACUAUCACAGUGACAGUGAGGAUAACAGCUUAUCACAAAGGGCACUUUGAGUUCCGUCUCUGUCCUAUAAGCUAUGACGGUCGAAAGGUGGACCAGGACUGUUUGGAUAAGCAUGUGCUGCAGCUUGUUGACGAUUCUGGUUAUAAAUACAUCCUACCGCCAGGAUCUGGUGUUGGACUGUACCAUAUAGACCUAAUGUUGCCCCGAAACCUUACUUGUGAACGUUGUGUCUUACAGUGGCACUACAGAACAGGAAAUUCUUGGGGAGUUUGUAAGGAUGGAACAGGAGCUCUUGGUUGUGGACCACAAGAAGUUUUCCGGAGCUGUGCUGAUAUUAGAAUUGAAGACGGACACUUCCGAAAACAUUGACUUAUUCUACUAGGGAGAGAGCGUGGAAUCAACUGCUGAACUAGAAAUUUCAACUGGGUCAUUUUCUUUCAGAAAUAUCGAAUUUGAAGUAGUCGUACUAAUAAUAUAUGCUUUGUAAUUAAAAAAGGGUAAAUUAUUCCCAGAAGAAAAAUUUUAGUAUAAUACUAAGGAAAAGGACUACACUACUUUGAAAACAACAAUAUACGUAAAUAAUAUUUGAAAAUAAAAUGUAAGAAUCUAAAAUCUG